CUACCACCAGUCGCGUUGUCGAGACGAAUUCUCGCGGUAGUUGCGGCAGCUGAGAUCCUAGCAGAGCAGAGCAGGGAACUUGACAUGUCAACAAAACAGAUAAAUUAUCACCACACAGGCAUGUAAGGGAGUGCUGGUGUGGAAUAGUCUGACAGGUAACACCUCAGCUGGACCCAGUCCUCCUCCACCAGCAUCCUCAUCUGCGGUCUUCAUGACAACCCCUCCGCUAGUGUCACCUUUUGGCGGGCAGCCUCCACCGCCUCAGCAACAGCAGCAGGCCCAGGCAGCACGUGAUGUUAACACAGCCUCGCUGUGUCGCAUUGGCCAGGAGGCAGUCCAAGACAUUGUCCUCAGGACCAUGGAGAUCUUCCAGCUCCUCAGGAACAUGCAGCUGCCUAAUGGAGUCACUUACCAUCCGAACACCCACCAGGACAGGCUGGGAAAACUCCAGGAGCACCUACGGACUCUUUCUGUGCUGUUCCGCAAGCUGCGCCUCGUCUACGACAAAUGCAAUGAAAACUGCGCGGGGAUGGACUCCAUACCUCCAGAG